AACCCUGAAGCUGUAUAUACCGCGCUGAAAAGCUGUUUGUAUUUGUCCGGAGACGCGUUGCGCUCCCCCAUUUCCGACGCUGUUUGUCGUGUUGUCGAUGCCAGUGUCUCAGCGGCAGCGUCAACCCCACAUGCGGGGGUUUCUUGCGGGCAGUGUCUGCGUCUGUCUGUCUCGGCAACCUGCAUGAGUCUGUUUUUUUGAGCCUGGGGACGCAGCGUUUUGUUCAGUGUAUAUCUUGUUUCUUUUCUCGUAAUUGACUCCCGCUUGCACUGAUUCCUUCCCGGUUUUCUCCGACGUCGUCUCUAGCCUCGUUCGUCCCCACGCCCUUCUCGUCGCCCCAAAGUGCUCGCGCCGCGUCGUGGAUAGCUCUGGGACAGUUGCAAAGAAGUACGCUUUUGUGUUGGCGACGAAAAGAUGUUGCACCACUCCGUUUGCUUCUGCUCGGCGCGGGGGUUCAUCCCGGCGAUGAGGAAAUUCACGAUCGUUGCCGUGGUCGUUUUCGCCCUCCUUGGCUGUGUCUCCUGGCAGGAAAGUGCCUUCGUGAGGGGAGCACCUGACCAGGCGCAAGCCGCAGUCUCUGACAAAGAAUCCGAGUCCCGUGUGUCUGCAGAGGCAGCCGCGGAGAAGUUGUUGGCAAUGUUGGAGCAGGACCCUGUUGACAUGACCUCAAUCAUGGAAACCGCGAAGAAAUGCUGUGUGAGGCGGAAGUUCGAGGCUCGUGUCUACGCCUUUGUCCAGGAGACGCUGAAGGAUCUGGGUCUGAACGUGGACCCGGCCGAUGCCACGGAUGUGGUGCUAUCGAAGCUCAACCGCAGUCACUGGAGGUACAACGGAAAGCCUGGUGAUGCCUCUCAAGCUAUUUACAAAGCGCUCGAGGAACGCACUGCGGACACGACAUACUUCCAGUAAAGGAGACCCGUUCUUUUAAUAAAAACCAGCACACACGUGUGUUGACGGUGUUCCACUUUUUUUCUGCUGCGAUGGCAACAUCAAAGGCAUCAGAGAACACGUGAGCUUUUUUUUUGAAACACUGGUGGUGAGGCUUUAGCAAGACCAGAGAAAAGCCGAAGCCCUAUACCACCACGUUGUCCGCUGUAAAUCUCUGCUUCUUCAACCCUCGCCUUUUUCUCGUCUCGUCUCCGAAAGAGAACUUGUUCUUCAGCUUUGCUCGACAAAGCCUGAGAACUUGCUCUCCGGCAACGCGUCUGAGCGUUAUAGUUGCCGAGCGAACACAGAGACCCUUGCACCUGGUCCACGAGUGGUGGAAAAAGACGCCGCCUCCAAAGAGGCACCAAUGCCAGUGUUGAUCCAUUGAAAGAAUGAACUGUCGACGUAUCGGGACUAGCUGGAAACUCCGGAGGAACACGCGACCGCGACGGCGUCCCCGUGACGAUGUGGUUAGCAGAGGUUUUGUGGGUGAAAUAAAACGACAGAGUUCGCUUUCUGGUUCACUAGCAGACCCAGAAACAACUGUUGGUGAAUUCGCGUGUUCGACCCAAUCGUUUGGAGCUGGGACGGGCUUUUCUGUAUGUCUCCCGGGGUUGACUCCGGAGCAGGAAAACCCAUUCGAGAGAGGCGUGUGUGAAAUGGAGUGAGCUUGAAGCGCCAAACCUGCUGGUUCCUUUCGUCUGUUUUUCUCACAAGGUGCUUUCCUUUUGCUGCUGGCAGAGGGUGAUACCACACGAACUACGGUGUGGUGUGAUAUACCUUGAUGGAGACUCUUCGACGGCUCUCGGAUGAGCAGCCGCCUGCCAAAGUUACAGUCCCAAAAGUGCCGACAUUCGGGCCACUGUAUAAAUUUUUCUCUUGCUGCUGACGGCGUCGUUGAAACACCCUUAACGCAUGGCUUAAUCGAGAGUAACAAUUCGUUUCAGCGUCAUUCCGACGAAACAGCUUCGCUGUAGACGAUCCAGUGAACAAAGACCUUCAAGAUCUAAAACUGACAUGCCAACAUCCAAACCGGUAAAUAGCCCU